AUGGUGAUGAUGGAUAGUAUUAAUUCUGUUCUAAACUGGGUAGUACCACCUGCAAGUUUGGUGAUGCUAGCUUUCUCAUGGCCAGCCCUUACUUUGAUCAAAGGGUGUGAAUGGCUUUAUUACUCCUUCGUUAAUGAAGAUAUGUUUAACAAAGUUGUUGUUGUCACUGGUGCUUCCUCUGGAAUUGGUGAGCAAAUUGCAUACGAAUAUGCGAAGAAAAGAGCAAAUCUUGUAUUAGUUGCACGAAGAGAUAACCGACUACAUGGGAUUAGUGAGAACGCUAGACGCCUGGGUGCACCAAAUGUGUUGAUAAUGGCUGCAGAUGUUGUCAAGGAGGAGGAUUGCAGGAGAUUUGUUAAUGAGACCAUCGGUUAUUAUGGGCAAAUCGAUCAUCUAGUAAACACAGCAAGCUUAGGGCACACCUUCUAUUUCGAUGAAGCAAAUGAUGCGUCGGUGUUCCCUAUUUUGAUGGAUAUUAAUUUCUGGGGAAAUGUGUAUCCUACUUAUGUGGCUCUUCCUUACCUAAGGCAGACUCAUGGGCGGAUUGUAGUUAAUGCCGCAGUAGAGAACUGGUUACCUCUCCCUAGAAUGAGCAUAUAUUCGGCUGCAAAAGCUGCUCUAGUUAACUUCUACGAGACGUUGAGGUUAGAACUAAACGGUGAUGUAGGAAUCACGAUUGCUACACAUGGCUGGAUUGGUGCUGAGAUGACCCGAGGGAAAUUUAUGCUAGAAGAAGGCGCCGAGAUGCAGUGGAAGGAAGAAAGAGAGCUACAAGCAUCAGGUAGCCCAGUGGAAGAGUUUGCACGGUUGAUUGUAUCUGCAGCUGUUCGGGGCACUGAAAACGUGAAAUUCCCAAGCUGGUAUGAUGUGUUCCUGUUGUACAGGGUAUUUGCACCAGACAUAUUGACGUGGACAUUCCGCUUGCUUUUGUCACGCCAAGGUAUGAGGACAACUUCUUUUAUUGGCACAGGAGCGCCUCUUUUAGAAUCUCCGGCCCCUCCCAAACAAUCUGCGAUCGGAAGCCCUCAGCGAUUCCCACGUAGCCCUCCUCAAUUCCCACGCAGUCCUCCUCGAGUCCAGCUAAAGCUAAUUCACGAAUAG